GGCUUCUGUGGAAGGGCGACAUAUUCACGACACCUCUCGCUUUCUUGAGAGCUAGUGGGGCUUUGCGUGUUUGUCGGAGUGCGUCAAGAUGAGCACGCCUUGUCAAAAAGUGACCAACCUCCAGAAUGGCCGACUCCAAGGGUGAUUUGACUGAAAAGGCACACUUUGAUCCUAAUUGGAUUGCCUGGAAUGGAGGCUACUUGCACUCCAACAAUGUGCUGUUCUACUUCGCAACUUCACCAUUCUUUGACCAGGUCUCUGGCAAUCAGUCUCUGAUCACCCAGUGGGUCGGUACUCCCAACCAGAAUGAUAUUUUAGGUACACGGGCGAAGUUCGAGGCAAACCUUCGACAUCAACGUGGGAUACAGUACGUCGUCGAACAUGAUCCUCUUGAAGAGAAUGUUACGUUGGACGGACCGAAUGGUCCUGAAAAGUCCAAUGUCUGGGUUAUCCGAAAACAGAAUCGAGAAACCGAGUCAGAAAGCGGUGUCACGACCUUGGGAUACUAUUACAUUGUCAAUGAUGUGAUCUAUCAGGCCCCUCCUGUGGCUAGCGUCCUCAAUUAUCGGAUGUUGAACACGGUCUCUGCGCUGGAGAAGGUCUUUGCUGCUCCAGCCGAGAUGUCAUAUUUUUCUGUCUCCCAUGGCCACACAUAUCACAAGCCGGUUCAGAAAUCAACAAGCCAGGCACUAGCCGGUGCUGCCCAGCAAAGCAAAGAAAGUACACCGAUGCCAGGAACUCAAUCAUCUACAGCCGAAAAGAACAAUACGACGCAGUCUCCAGGGAACAACGAAAACGGAAGUCGAACGGUAUGGGAUGCCCUCCACAUGACCUUGCAGUAUGGGAAGGAAUAUGCAGACAACAUAUCUCUGGUGGGAGAGCCGGGAAAUUUCAGGUUUUCCAAGAACAAGGAGGCUGCUGCUAGCCAGGCAAAGGGCCAGCUCCAGCCUCUUGGGACAGCCACGCCGAAUCAGUCCCGAGCAGUGUCGAUGGUUCCAGCCGUGGCAAGUCCUGCUGCUGGGCCGGGAAAAGCACCCAAGAUGGGAGAAAAGAAUUUUUCAAUGCCUGAUGGAGCAACGAAAGUGAAGAGGCGCAAGAGUAAAGCAGGUGAUGCGAGUCCCUGAGAAUCGGGUUGGUUGGGAUAUAUGUUGGCAUCUUGCCUUUCUGGCAUGAAAGCUGGCUGGAACCAUCUGUUCUAGGGGUCUCUUUAUGGAGGUCUGAAUGAAUCGUCCUCAUGACGGAAUUGAUAAGCCGUCCGCGUAAAGUAUGCCAGAGGAGGACUUGACACAGAGCGACUAGGUAGUCACAGUUACCAUACCCACAAUACCUUCCUGAAUACUGUG